GCAGCUGCCGCUCGCAAGAGCCCCCAGUGAGCCCCCGAGCACCAUGACGCACUCACGGUCGUCAAGCGACGACUCCCUCGACUUUGAGUGAGCAAUAAUCAGCAAGAUGACGCAUGUUUUGUGCGCUUGUCUGUUUCUCUCGCAGGAAGGCAUUUGACAAGGAGCACCAGCUGCUGCUGGAAACGCUCGGCGAGGGGGGCCUUCGCCGAUAUCGCGAAGCGUACGAGCGGCUGUACAAGCAGCUGCAAAAUUCAAGAGCGAACGAGCGGCAGCUUCAGGAGGAGUGAGAGAGAGGCACUUGUUAGAGUACUGGAUGCCUUGCCCUUUUCCCGUCUCUGUCCGCAGGCGUGAGCGCUUAAGGGCCACUCAAGCGCGCGUCAUGACGGCAGGCUGAUUCCCGUGGCGCUUGCUUUCGAGACGGUACCCAUCGACCACGACAGGACCCAGCGCCUCUACGCACGGGUCAGACGGCAGGCCGAGGGCGGUGCCGAGUCGCCUGCUUUCUAAGUCGGCCCUCGACAAAUGUGAACGAAAACAGCACCAAAACGAACGCCACAGAGACAUGUCUUUUUUUGUGGUUCCUUGUCUUUCUUGCUGUCAGGAAUCGCUGCGUGCAUUUCAUAUCGUGGAGGCUUUCGAUCCGUAGAAGACGAACCCGCUUAUGCCUUCCCCGGAGACACAAAGUUGAUGGGAUGCAGAGCAACACUUGUGCUGACCCUAUCGACCAAGUGAGCCGAGACACAGCCUGGCAGCCAGCCCAGAAACGGCUUCCUGACGUAAGUAGGGUACUUGUGGUCGUUCGUGCGUCCAUCCGUGUGCGCGUGUGUGCGCGCAGGAUGGAGUUGAAUGUGACACUCAAGGGUGGGUGUGGGUGAAGUGUUGGUUUCUGCGUAGGGGACCUCGGUGCAGUGACAAUAUACGUGCUUACAGAUACAAAGCACGCAUAUUGAAAGAGCAGGUAUAUUGAAAGAAAGCAGAACCAUCCCAAGCCAUCUCAUUCAUCCCUUCCCACGACUGAGUGACUGAGUGACUGUGUCUCUGCUGAGUCCGGCCCAGAGAAUGCUCCGUGUGUUGAUGGCCGUUUUUGACUCGCUGCUGUAGUGUGGUGGCCAGACUUCUUGCCCUCCCUGGAGACACAAAGAUGAAAGGCUCGCUCAUUGGUGCUGGAGCGGGCCCGAGAGCUGAAGAAGGGUGUGUUGAUGGGCCGUUUUUUCCCUUGACCGAUCAGUGUGUGGUUGUUAAUGCACCACUUUUUGAGGC